AUGGAUUCAAAAAGGAAAUUUUCGAAAGAAAUCGAUCAAAAUUUAGCGGCCAAAUUAAAAAAUUUAAACAUGGACGUUUUUCGUACAGGUGCCCAAGCGCCCAGGAGGAAUACCUUGAGGCAGUUCGCGCCGUUAUUGGUGGCGAUGGUCGGGUUGCCUGGACGAGGCAAGAGCCUGUUGGCCAGGAGAAUAUCCAGAUAUAUGAAUUUCACCGGAGAAAACACAAGAGUAUAUGACAUAAGCGACUACCGUCGCAGCCACAUGAAACAAUACGACUCUCACGAAAUGUUCCGAGCAGACAACCUCCCGGCGUGGCGUUUGCGACAACAGAGCUUCCGCGAAGCAUUGGAAGACGCCGCCGCUUGGCUGCAACAACCGCGCCACAACAUCGCCAUCUUGGACGGUCCGAACGUCUCCAGAUCACAACGCCAAGAAAUCUACGAUCUCAUCUACACGCAACUCGGAUUCCGGGUGAUGUUCAUUGAAUGCGUGUGCGAAGACCCGGUGCUGUUGGAGAGGAACUUCAAGGAGAUAUUGCAGUACAGUUCAGAUUAUGGGGACAUGGCUACAGAGGAAGCGCUGAAGGAUUUGACGCACAAGAUGGCGCAUUACAAGGCACAGUACGAAUCGCCGACGUUGGGUAGUUUGUGGGAACUGCCGUGUCCGAUGGUCAAGGUGCUGGAUGGUGGUGAAGGCGGUAUCAUUGCGCACGGAGUCAACGGGUCCAAAGAGAGCAAGAUUCUGGCUUAUAUUUCGACCGCCAAAAAUUAUCAGCAGACGUUGUAUUUCAGCAGGCACGGCGAAAGCGAAUUCAACGUGAUCGGAAAAAUCGGCGGCGACGCUAGACUGUCGCCGAGAGGCCGAUUGUACGCCAAAGCUUUAGCGAAUCACAUCCACGCGCUGAACCUACCCGGUCUUCAAGUAUGGACGUCCACUUUGUACAGAACCAAAGAAACGGGAGCGGGCAUCAACGUCCCGCAACAACAUCUGCACGAAUUGGACGAGAUUUGGUCGGGCGAAUGCGAAAGCCUAACCUACGAAGAUCUUCAAGACCAGUUCCCCAAAGAACUGGCGCUUCGCGACAACGAAAAGUUGAAGUACCGGUACCCGCAAGGCGAAUCGUACAUAGACGUAAUGGCUCGCUUAGUUCCGGUUCUCACGCAAUUGGAAUGCGAGACCAACGUUCUAACCAUCUCCCAUCAAGCCGUUCUUCGUUGCGUUCUAGGGUACUUCUUGGAAACGCCUCACGACGAAAUACCCUACAUCCACGUUCCGUUGCACACGAUCAUCAAGCUGACUCUAAGAGGACACAGUUACAACAUGGAAACAGUUAAAAUGCCGAUCGAAUGCGUCGACACCAACCGAGCCAAGCCCGUGAACUGUUCAGAGACCCGCAGCCCUGAGGAUGCGCUGUUAACCUUGCCGAAACAUUAUGAUUCUAUUGCGAGCGUUACCACUUUAAUGCCAUGCACUUAG